GCUCAAACUGAUGGAUUCGUAAACAAAACUGUUCCGCUAUUUUUUAAAGUUUCCGAUCGAUCCUAUCAUCACCAAGAGUUACUUAUUUUAUAUACAAACAAAUCAAUCUUGACGAAGGCAAGUAAAAAAUGAUGGAAAUGGAGGCAAGAACUCAGAAACUGGAGCAGCAAAGGCAAAUUAUGGAGCAAAAAAUGAAACAGAAGAGAAUGACUUCGGGGAUGAUUCAAGCGUCGGAUAUCAGAAUUAAUUCUGCCAAAAUUAGGGCCAACAGUGGGAAUAAAAGAGAAUUACACGGUUAUGACGGACCUUUACAGUAUUCCAUGGGAUUUGAUAAUAACCCAGAUCAAGUAAUAUCAAUAUUAUCUAGUGCUGAAAGUGUUGAUGGUACUGUAGAAGAUCUGACGACUAGAAACCCUGAAUUAAUGGAUGUGGAAGAUGAUGAAAGCUCACCAAUAUCAGCAACCUCUCCAAGUAAUGGUAAUGUUUCCAUUGAUCCAAUAGGAGAGAAACCAAACUUUAUACAUCAAACAAAUGGGAACACUGAGACUGAGGGAAAUGUAGAAGGAAACGUGGAAAAAUUUGUCCUGCAACCUGCUCAUCUGAAAGUUCUAUACAAAUGUCGAAUAACAAGGGAUCGGAAAGGAAUGGAUAGAGGCCUGUAUCCGACGUAUUUUUUGCACUUGGAGCGCGACUACGGUAAAAAAGUGUUUUUGUUGGCUGGGAGAAAACGAAAAAAGAGUGCUACCAGCAACUAUUUGAUCUCCACCGACCCCACCGACUUGUCCAGAGGAGGAGACAGCUUUGUCGGAAAAUUGCGUUCCAACAUGCUGGGAACGCAGUUUACGAUAUUCGACAGUGGCCUUUCGCCGCGUAAAGCAAACUUUAAGGAAGGGGUGUCUCCUAGACAAGAAAUGGCUGCAGUCAUAUACGACACGAACGUUUUGGGUUUCAAAGGCCCUAGAAAAAUGACCGUACUGCUACCAGGAAUGGUGGACGAAGAACGAGUGACUAUACACCCGCAGGACGAAAGCGAGGGGCUGAUAGAAUGUUGGAAGGCCAAAAAUAUGGGCAAUUUGAUAGAACUGCACAACAAAACGCCAGUGUGGAACGACGAAACUCAAUCUUACGUGUUAAAUUUUCACGGAAGGGUUACGCAGGCGUCCGUGAAGAAUUUCCAGAUCGUGCACGAUUCCGAUACGGAUUACGUUGUGAUGCAGUUUGGGAGAGUUGCCGAAGAUAUUUUUACCAUGGAUUACAGGUACCCUUUGUGUGCUUUUCAGGCGUUCGCCAUCGCUUUGAGCAGCUUCGACAGCAAACUGGCGUGCGAAUAAUUUUUACGUAACUAAAAAGUAAUGUUUUUUGUAAUUAUGUGCCUCGAAUUGAUAUUGAGCUUACAGUCACUAUUAUACUACUUAUAAAUAUAUAUAGUUUAAAUUUAGGCAACAAUAUUGUUGUCAUCUCAUCUAAAGUAUAUUUAAGGGGUUUUCACGUAUUUUUUAUGUACAGAUUAUGUCUGUAUAUUACUGUGAUACAUGUGUCAGUACGUUCUCAAUAACUAAUAA